AUGAGAUUAUCUGGACUACAGAAAGAAGUGUUGUCCUUGUACAGGCACUGUCUUCGCGAAACCCGCAAGAAACCACAGGUACAAUUAAGUCCUCGAUCUGAGUUCGAGAAGAGCAUCAAGAUUGACAAGAGGGAUUUCGCAGCAAUUGAAUUCUUACUCCGGAAAGGACGCCGUCAGUUGGAGCUAUACUCCUCCCCUGGCAUCAGAGACAUCCACUAG